GAUUUGAUCGCAUAUAGUAAUUACAUUAAAGAAAAUCCCCUCUACCAGCCGGCCCACUACCGUCGGAUUAUAUACGCGCAACGUUAAUAGUUUAACGAUAGCAGUUAUGAAGUCUGUUUCUAUACUGUGCUUGGGGUUGUUGUUUGGGGUUGUAUUUGCUGAUGAAUCUUGUAGAAUAGGCGAGACUAAGCAAGGAGAGUGUGAACUAUGCGAGUGUUUGGUUUUACAAGAUGGAAUCGUCGAUUGGUACUGCACCCAGAAGGACUGUGGUCAUUAUUACCAUAAUCGUUUUAAAAGAGGUUCAGAGAAAUGUCCAUUGGGCGACCACAAAAUUGGGGAAUGUCACAACUGUAGGUGCAUAGCUGUCGAUGGAGAGGGUGGAACGGAUUGGGCGUGUUUACAGAGCUCUUGUACUCAGAAAGUUGAGGUUCCAAAGAGAGAAAAGGGAGAGUGUGGAGAAGGUGAGACCAAAAGAGACCGGUGCCGUAGCUGUACAUGUAUCAGUGACAGCGCUGAUUCACUGAGCAAGUGGGUGUGUUACGACUCGUGCUCAAGGAGAGAAGGAAAUAAGGAGCUCCCUUGUAAAUUGGGCACGAUUAGAAGAACGCCCUGCCAAGAAUGCAGAUGUGGAUUUUCCGGAGGAAGAACAUUUUGGACAUGCAUUCGCCACCAAUGCAACGAAACCCUUCGCCCGCGGAACGAACUGGUUCGCUUAAGAAGAGAUACAACGAUUGCGAGCGACCUGAUCAACACACCAUGCGCCCUCAAUGACUCGUUCAAAUUGGACUGUAACACAUGCUACUGUAAAAGUGAUAAAACUGGCUACCUCUGCACCAGUUUCACUUGCUCCGCUGAAAGUACCAACAGUUCCCUGGCGGUGAACAGUACAAUGGAAACGGUCACCCAGAGUGUUGAUACAACACCUGAAACCGUAACGCCUUUGGAAACCACGACUAACUCAAACGUUUCUUCAUCACCUCAAAGAUGAAGCCUAUCUUCACUUUCAUGCUAACAGUAUUCUUUAUAAGCUUCUCAGUAUAUAAGCUACAACCUUUGCUUAAAUAACAGGUACCUAAGAAAUACAGCAAUGUUCUGCUUCGAAAAA